CGUUCAGCUACUCGUUCCGGUGCUUCCACUCAAUGAAUGAUGGCGUCCGCCAGUACCGGGAGCCGCGUCUCUUGCGGGAGAGAUUUAAACUGCGUGCCCGAAGUCGCAGAUACACUUGCCGCGGUCGCUAAACUCGGAUUCGACUUCCUGUGCAUGCCGCUGUUCCACCCACGCUUCAGGAGGGAGUUUGAACAGGACCCGGCUCGGUCCCGGCGUGGCGCUCAGACGCGCUCCGACCUGCUGCUGUGCGGGAGAGAUUGGAAUACGUUGAUAGUGGGCAAGCUGUCGCCAUGGAUCGAGACGGAUUCCGAGCUGGAGAUGGAAAGAAGAAACUCGGAGGCGGCUUUGGUGCAAGAGCUGAACUUCUCUGCCUACCUCGGCCUGCCAGCGUUCUUGAUCCCAUUGAAGGGCCCCCACUGUGCCAAUCUGGCCCGUGUUCUGCUCAACCACAUCAACACGGGCCACCAUUCCUGCAUGUUCUGGAUUCGUGUGCCUCUGGUGGCUCCUGAAGACGUCCGCGAUGACCUCAUCGAGAACGACCCAAUGAAUCACUGCACCGAAGCCAGCGACGAUGAGCAGACCUGGUCUUGGUGGCAUUCGUUCAGGUCACUCUGCGACUACAACAAGAGGGUCUGCCUGGCCAUUGAGAUCGGGGCAGACAUGCCCUCAGAUGAUGUGAUCGACAAGUGGCUCGGCGAGCCAAUCAAAGCAGCCGUUCUGCCAACUAGCAUCUUCCUGACCAAUAAGAAGGGGUUUCCUGUCCUGUCUAAGGCCCAUCAACGAAUAAUAUUCCGCCUGUUCAAGCUCGAGGCCCAGUUCAUCUUCACUGGGACCAGCCGCCACAGUGAAAAGGAUUUCCGAUCCUACCUGCAGUACCUGGAGUACCUGAACCAGAAUCGACCCGCCCCCAACUCCUAUGAGUUAUUUGCGAGAGGCUAUGAGGAUUACCUUCAAUCCCCUCUGCAGCCCCUCAUGGAUAACCUGGAGUCCCAGACGUACGAGGUGUUUGAGAAGGAUCCCAUUAAAUACUCCCAGUACCAGCAGGCUGUGUACAAGUGCCUGCUCGACAGAGUCCCAGAAGAGGAGAAGGACACCAACGUGCAGGUUCUGAUGGUGCUGGGGGCCGGGCGGGGCCCCUUGGUCAACGCCUCCCUCCGCGCGGCGAAGCAGGCCGACCGGAAGCUCCGCAUCUACGCCGUGGAGAAGAACCCCAACGCCGUCAUCACGCUGGAGAACUGGAAGUUCGAAGAGUGGGGCGAUCAGGUGACGGUGGUCUCCUGCGACAUGCGGCAGUGGGCGGCGCCCGAGAAGGCCGACAUCAUCGUCAGCGAGCUGCUGGGGUCCUUCGGAGACAACGAGCUGUCUCCUGAGUGCCUGGAUGGGGCACAACACUUCAUGAAGGAUGAUGGGGUGAGCAUCCCCAGCUCCUACACCUCCUUCUUGGCCCCGCUGUCGUCCUCCAAGCUGUACAACGAGGUGCGGGGGUGCCGCGAGCGCGACAAGGACCCCGAGUGCCACUUCGAGACGCCCUACGUGGUGCGGCUGCACAACUUCCACCAGCUGGCCGAGCCCAAGCCGUGCUUCAGCUUCAGCCACCCCAGCACGGAUAUGAAUAAUAACCGGUACCAGUGCCUGCGGUUCUCAGUUGGCUGUAACUCUGUGCUCCACGGCUUCGCCGGAUACUUUGAGUCGACGCUGUACAAAGACGUGACUCUAAGUAUCAAACCAGAGACCCACUCACCUGGAAUGUUUUCCUGGUUUCCCAUAUUGUUCCCGCUCAAACAGCCAAUCUCCCUGUCGCGGGGAGACCACGUCAGCGUGAGGUUCUGGAGGUGUAACAACGGCAAGAAGGUGUGGUACGAGUGGGCCGUGACGGAGCCCGUCUGCUCUGCCAUCCACAACCCAGCCGGUCGCUCCUACACCAUCGGCCUAUAGGGCGGCGCUCAUGCGGACGUGCAAACCUGCCCCGGUUGUCUCUUGCUGUUGGGUUGUCCUCAUUUUUCUCUGUCUGCUGAAGUAAAGAUUUUGUGAAAACCCA